UUCCGGAAGAAACAGGAGUGCGGCGUGAACAUGGGGAAGCAAAAGAAAACAAGGAAAUAUGCGACUAUGAAGCGAAUGCUCAGUCUCAGAGAUGAACGACUUAAAGAAAAGGAUAGGUUGAAGCCUAAAAAGAAAGAGAAGAAAGAUCCCAGUGCACUGAAGGAAAGAGAAGUCCCCCAGCAUCCUUCCUGCUUGUUCUUCCAGUACAAUACACAGCUGGGCCCGCCUUACCACAUCCUUGUCGAUACCAACUUCAUCAACUUUUCCAUUAAGGCCAAACUGGACUUAGUGCAGUCGAUGAUGGAUUGUCUGUAUGCCAAGUGUAUCCCUUGUAUAACUGAUUGUGUAAUGGCUGAAAUUGAGAAAUUGGGACAGAAGUAUCGUGUGGCACUGAGAAUCGCCAAGGACCCGCGAUUUGACCGAUUGCCAUGUACACACAAAGGAACCUACGCUGAUGACUGCCUUGUACAGAGAGUAACUCAGCACAAGUGUUACAUUGUGGCCACAGUUGACCGUGACCUCAAACGAAGGAUCCGGAAGAUCCCUGGUGUUCCUAUCAUGUACAUUUCUAACCACAGAUACAACAUCGAGCGGAUGCCAGAUGACUACGGAGCCCCUCGCUUCUAACCCUCACCCCACAGGCUCCACCUCCCAUUCCUGGACCAGCUCUCGUCAUUUAAUUAAACGCACUUUCUGAUUUUUAAAAAA